AAAGCCUCAGCAAGUGCGUCCAACAUGGCGGCGGAACGCAAGACUAAGUUAUCCAAGAACCUCCUGCGCAUGAAGUUCAUGCAAAGGGGCCUGGACUCAGAAACCAAGAAACAACUGGAAGAGGAGGAGCGGAAGAUGAUCAGCGAUGAGCACUGGUACCUGGAUCUGCCGGAGUUGAAGGAGAAAGAGAGCUUUAUCAUAGAAGAGCAGAGCUUCUCCCUGUGUGAAGAUCUUCUCUACGGAAGGAUGUCAUUCAGGGGGUUUAAUCCUGAAGUUGAGAAGUUAAUGCUUCAGAUGAAUUCUAAGAACCGAGCAGCGGCAGCAGAGGAAGACGAGACGGUAGAGGUCGAUGUGUCCGAUGAAGAAAUGGCAAGAAGAUAUGAGACUUUGGUGGGAACAAUUGGAAAAAAGUUUGCCAAGAAAAGGGACCGAGCCAAUUACGAAGAAGAUGAAAAUGGAACUAUAAAAGCCCUAAAACCUAAGAAGAUGUUCUUAAAGCCCCAAGACUAAAAUGGAUGCCUUUGGUACAGGGGAUGCCUGUGAGCACAGCGUGGUCUGAGCUCAUCCUCCUGUCGUCGUACUGGUUAAAGCACCGUUUCCUUCUAAAGAAAUGCAUAAGUGUGGAAAUGUGCUGUUCUUGGGACAGAUGUAUAAUGGAUGUUAUACAUCCUUUUUAUGACAUUCUUCAGGGGCUUCAAGUAUGUGGGCACAGGCCGCUCCCUAGAUUUUUGACCUGAUUCUGUGUGUAUAUACACACAGACAGGCCAUAUGCACACCGUUCUGCAGUUACUGUUCAGGAAUGACAAUUGUAAACUAAUUAUUGCCUUCGUUUAACUGCCCUUAUAUUUAUACUUUACUUCUUGAAUCAUGUCUAGCCAGUUCACUUUGGAGUCAGAUCUUUGAGAACUUUUCGGAAGUGAUUUGUCAGGACCAGACAUGGCUCUCAGGCCUUUGUCGUGUUGAGCAGUGUGGGGUUUGUGUAUUUUAAACAGUCAUCUGGGUCAUUUUUCUAAUGUUCUAUAAUAAACACGUUUUCAUAUACUUUUCUGUUUUCUUA